CUUUGACUGUCCGAAAACGAAAUUAAUACGUAAAAGAUCUUCUACCAUGUGAAGAAAAUCGACGACAAAGAGAUCUCGGACAUCAAUCUACCUUGUUCUUCAACCUCAUGGUGCGUUAUUUUCGUCGUUCACUCCUCGUCCUCGCAGUGUGCUAUCCGACGUCCGUGGUUUCCGCUGCGAAAACAGCAGCAGACGAGGAUGAUUCGCCUUCUCCGGCACCGUCCGUCUAUCCCAACCCAGACCCGCCGCUGUUCCUCAACUUCGACUGCUCCCGGCUCCGGAACGGCACGGCGACCAGCAUGGAGGGCCUGGGGUCCCUCUUCCGGGAGGUCCGCGGUACCCGGGUGUUCGCGAAUCUACUUGGGCUAGAACCGCUGGAAACCGUACCCGCGGCGGGCCACGGCGGGGACUGGGAAGCGAGCCGGGCCUACUUUGGGAGUCUGAUCAAGAAAGAGAACAAGGAACUGCUGAAAGACGCGCUGCGGAAUUCGACUUCUCUCCACAUCUACGACGAUUUGCGCAGAAUCUUCGCGCAGCUCCGAACCAGUGGGUAUAAGGCGCAGAAAACGGUGGGGAAAUUCACGAUUUUCUCCAACGCAAUCCGGCCGGACGAAGUAGAGCAACUGAUUGAAUGGCUCGGCGGCAGCACGUACGGACAAGCGCACAACAAAUUUCUGCCGCAGUGCUCGACGAAGGAACUACCCACAACGCCAAAGAAGAAAAAAUCAUCAGCUGAUCAUGCGAAAGCUCCAGAAACAAAGCACCCGUCGGAACUGUGUCGUGAAAAGGUUCUCCGCGCGUCCCGCAUGGAGCGGUUGCUUCCCCGGAUCCAAGAACUCCGUAUCAAAUGUAAAAAUGUCUGGGUCUGGAAACUUGUGAUGCUGGGUGGCGCAUCAUGAUGAGGCUCCAAAUGCUGGCUCAGCAUGACAAGUUUCUGAGCUCCUCGGUGUUGCCUAUUCCGCAUGACAAACUGCGCUUCUGCAUCACAGAAAAACGAAGCUCUUGGGAAACGUGCAUGACAGAUUUAACAGUCAUGCCAGACAAGCAUGACAAACAUGAAUUCUUCCCGACCCAGACAUUUUUACAUUUGAUACUCCGCGAAGCGGCGCGAAAAUCCGGCAACGUCGGCAUUCUCAACCUCGUCAGCGACCGGUGCCCGGCGCUCAUGUGGAACGGCGCGGCGCCGCCGGAAGUGGACGAAGAGUUGCGGGUAGCGGUGCACCGCGCGCGGAAGAAGGAGAAGAAAAUCAUCGAGGCAAAGUCUUCGAUCAAACGGGGCAAACUCCGCUUCUCCAUCGCGAUUCACAUCCGGAUGGGCGAUUUGCUGCAGAAUGUGCUGUCCUGGACGGGGAAGAAACAACGCGAAGCGGUGACUGUGGUAUGCAAUUUGCAAGAGUAUCGUGCUACGACGUAGGGAUUGCAUGACAAUGAAUUUUCUUUUCAGAAUCCAGAAUGGAAUGAGUCGUGCGGAAUCAGGACAGCGAAAGCACAUCUGUCAUGCGUGGCCGCAGUUCGUACGCCUAGUACGAUGCUCUUUUGCACUGCAUACGCAAGUACGGAUAACAAGAGUAAGCCACUGACCGUGACGACGGAGGACGUUUUCGAGACGCUGGAACGAAGCAAAAUGAUCUAUCCACACCAAAUUUAUUUCUUCCGAACACACAAAUGCGGACCAAGCAUGACAAAGGUUCAUUCUCGAUGCUAUUCAGCAUGACAAAUGCUCGAGUUUGGGAUAAUCCUUUUUAUGCAUUGUUGCACGUGCUGUAAGUAGGAGGGAACAACAAGUUUGUAUUGCAUAUCCUCGACGAGGACACCAUGACUCGCAUGAAGAAGACGCACUUCCUAUCCUAUUUAAAAACGUCCCCACCCCAUAGUUGUAAUGCAAAUCUGCAUGCUGAAAAUGUUUCUCAUGCGGAGCCCCAUGAUCUGGUAACCAAAUGCGUGCGCGCGCGCGCGCAGAGCGCGCGCCGGCCCACGAAGCCGGCGCGCGCGCUCUGCGCGCCUGCGAUAUUGCUUUAGCAAACGCAGCGCGAAGGCAGUUGCCGUUACCAUAUAGGGCAACCGCCGGGAGGCGUGAAGGUCAGGGAAAUGGCCAGAAAUGAAGCGGGAGAAAGGAAAAAAAGCGGACCAGAUGGGAAAAUGGCCAGGAGGUCAAAAAUGUCGCAAUAACGGCAGAAACCAAGCGGGAGAAGGUGAAAAAAGAGCACUUUUGCGGUCUGGCCCACUUCGUAUCUGAAAAAGAGACGGACUAUUUUUUGCUCCGCCCGCUGGCCAGCUGCGUUGGAGAAGCAGGCCCGCGACCUGUUCGGAAGCCUUGGGUCGCUUCGUAACUGGAAAAAGUUGGAAAAAAAUGGCAAAAAAUUGCUUCAUAACGUGGGUGGAAGCAAUCGUCGGACUUUGUGCAAAUCACCCGGGCCACUUGGAAAAUGGGAAAAGAUGAAAAAUUGCGCAAAAGCGCAAUCCCUUCGCAGGCUUCAAAACUGCCACCCAGGUGCGGGCGGCGAAAAUGUCCAGGCCGCCCGGGCCACUUGGAAACCAGAAAAAGAUGAAAAAUUGCGCGAAAGCGCAAUCCCUCCGCAGGCUUCAAAACUGCCAGUCAGCUGCGGUCGGUGAAAAUGUCCAGGUCGCCCGGGCCACUUGAAAACCAGAAAAAGAAAAAAAAAUGCGCAAAAACGCAAUCCCUCCGCAGGCUUCAAAACUGCGAGGCAGCUGCGGUCGGUGAAAAUGUCCGGAGCCCUUCGGCCACAUAGAAACUUGAAAAAAAAGGAAAAAUUGGCAAAAGUUGAGAACCCCCGGCAGGCUUACAAACUGGCCACCAAGGGCGGUCCGGCGGGCGCGCGCUUGCGCCAUACCAUCGCGAUUGGGGAAAAAAAAAUGCAUUAGAAGCGGGCGGAGGCAUGUCCCAAAAUCCACGCUUGCUCUGGGUUGUGGGCACCAAUUCGGGACCUCCGCCGCGUCUGAAAUGCCCGACUUUGGUGGCCCAGCAGGGUCCGCGGGUUUGUGGUUUCGCACAUACCUUCCUGGCCAGGGGGCCAGUUUGUCAUGCAGGGGGCUAGAAAGGAUGCCCCGCUGCGAAAUAGCAGACCGGAUCUCGCCUGCAAUGCUUAUCGCAGGAGCCUGCGGGCCGCCGCGGGCUCCACCACUUCCCCGCGGCCCUUCUGGCCAGGGGGCCAGUUUCUCACGCAGGGGGCUUGGAGAAGAAGUAGUGGGACUGUAAUCAAAAACAAAUAGCGCCAAAGCGCGGCCCGCAGGGCCGCGUUUUCGCCGCGCGGCUGGUUAGGCUUUCGCGCUGGUUAGAUUUUCGCGCACGCAUUUGGUUACCAAUAUCGCCCUCCGGGCGCGACCUUCAUUAGCAUUUUCUAAUCGUGUUUUGCAAUUUGUCAUGCUCCAAUCAGCAUGGUAUGCUAGAUCUGUGAUGCUGCUGAGCUAGCUCAAACAGCACUACACUACGAAUGCAAAUUUGUCAUGUAAAACAGCCAAAACUUGUGGAUUUGUCUAGCCGAUUCCCCAUCUUGACUAUGGUGUGGGGACGUUUUUACUCAGGAUACUUCCUCGACAAGUGUGCCAUCCGGCACAUCCUAGUCGCGUCGCACGGACGGGAAAGCGAGAAGUGCCAGAAGAAGGCGGCGGAGCGGCGGCACGCCCCGUUUCUCAAAUACCCGGUCGCGUAUUUUCAAAAAGUGUUGAAAAGUCUGUUCCAAGACGUCCCGGUGCUGUCGAUUGGGCUGAUGGAGAAGACCGUCGACAUUCACAUUUUCUCGGACGCGCCCGAAGAGUGGUUCCAGUCGUUCAAAGCGGCGUACUAUCAAAUGCAAAAAUGUCUGGGUCUGGAAGAAUAACUUGUGAUGCGCAUUUCAGAACAUAGAAAAAUCUCUAAUGCAUAGGCAGCAAAAAUUGCCCACUUUCUGUCACCAAAGUGGGGGGCUUGUCAUGCGGAUUCGGCAUUGCGGAAGCUUCUCGAAACCUGUGAUGGUAGAGCUUCCAUGCCAGAUCUUCUGCGUCAUGCAAAAACAGCAUGAGUCUUCCAGACCCAGACACUUUCACAUUUGAUACGUACGGCGCGGAGGUGGUUACUGUGCACGGGGACGGAGACGGGAAGUCGUUGUUGAUCGGAGAGGAAGUAGCGGUUGACGGGGAAAAUGAGGGUGAUCAGGACGAGAGCACGAAGAUCCAAAAAACGAAAACUCUCCCGGCGGACUUGGACCAUUUAAUUUUUUCCGACAUUCUGAUUUACGGUGAGGGCAACCUCGGCCGGCUCGCCGCGUUUCUGAACCCGGACGGGAUCAAGUUGCAGGCACCGUGCGGGCGGACCGGAAACGUGGAGGGGGAUAUGGUGGUGAACGUGCAAAAGAACGGGGAAAUUCCCGAGGGGGAAAAAAUCAACGACAAGUUCUCGGUCAUGCUGAAGAACAAGAUGGGCAGUAGCGGUGUCACGAUGAAUCAGCGAGGUAAGGUAUCCUGUGCGAAAACGUCCCCACCCCAUAGUUGUAAUGCAAAUCUGCAUGCUCAAAAUGUUUCUCAUGCCGAGCCCCAUCAUGACAUACAUUUUCUAGUCGUGUUUCGAGAUUUGUGAUGCUCCAACUAGUAUGCUAUGCUAGAUCUGUGAUGCUUCUGAACUAGCUAGACAGGAUUACCGUACGAGGCCAAACUUGUCAUGCGCAACACCCAAAGCUUGUCGAUUUGUCUAGCAGAUUUCCCAUCUUGACUAAGGGGUGGGGACGUUUUUGCUCAGGAUAUAAGGGACAGGUGCCCCGCCGGGGAAAGGAGACGAUUAUGCGCCCGGAGAAGAUCAAAACGGAGUUGUGAAGAGGGGAAAGAAGGAAGAAAUAAUGUUCAUUUCGGAAUUUCAGGCGAAGAUAACGGCGCUCGGAAGUUUAUCUGAGCUAUCGCCAUUAUGGAAACUAGCAGAAACCGAGGUGCGCUGCGCUUGCACUUUCAUACCAGGAAAAAAAGCGCAGGCGAAG